AUGUCUUCAGGAAGAAUCGCCCCGCUCGUUUUUCCUGCGGCAUCCCGGCACACAGCUACAGUCAUCUUUGUUCACGGUCUCGGUGACACUGGCCAUGGUUGGGCGAGCGCUGUUGAAAACUGGCGCCGGCGACAGAAGUUGGAUGAGGUCAAGUUCAUCCUGCCUCAUGCACCUCAAAUCCCCAUCAGUGUAAACAUGGGAAUGAGAAUGCCUGGAUGGUUUGAUAUCAAACAACUUGGUGGAGACGUCGACUCUCUCAUUCGUAACGAGGACAUAGAAGGUAUCAAGCUCAGCCAAAAGUACUUCCACGAUCUCAUUCAACAAGAGAUUGACUCGGGAAUUGCCACUGAUCGCAUCGUUCUCGGCGGCUUCUCCCAGGGUGGUGCUAUGUCUCUCCUUGCUGGCCUCACCUGCACAAGCAAGCUGGGUGGCAUCCUUGGCCUUUCCUCGUGGUUGCUUCUGUCCAAGACCUUUGCCGACAUAGUCAAGCCUACAGAUGCCAACCGCCAGACUCCUGUCAUGAUGUUUCACGGCGAAGAAGACCCUAUCGUCCCUUGCGAGCGUGGAAAGCUGAGUGCCGACCUGCUCAAGGGACUUGGCUACGAUGUUGCAUGGAAGACUUACCCUGGUAUGGGACAUUCUGCUGUUCCUGAGGAGCUUGACGAGGUGGAAGCAUUCUUGAGGAAGCAGUUGCCCCCUAAGAACUAG